CCACCUGGAUGCUGGUUGCAAAAUAGCUUUUAGUUUUAAGAUUCUGAAAUUGUGACAAAGACACAUAUAGAAACAUGUUUUCAAAAGCAUGUAUUCUCAUUUUGCAUAAAUAGGCUAAAAAUAUUUUAAGAUACAAGUUGGAGACAAGGUUACUGAUUUUUUACUUUACCCAAGUUUAUGCACAGUGAUUGAUAAUUUAUUACAUCUGCUAUUAUUAUGUUUACUGUAAAGUUUAUAUAUUUGUGAAGCCCCAUACAGCUAGACAAAUUCAAGACUGUAGGAAAUAUACAGAUUUAAAUAUGGUAUACUGAAUGUUAGUAAAAUACAGUCUUGAAAAGUAUAAGUGAAUUAUUAACCCUCACUCAUAUUAGCCAGGUCAUUAAGGUGGUAUCUCCUUGAAUAAUUUGAAAUGUUUCUUCCUAGGUUUCCUAUCUGAGCUGAAUUGUUAUUUAAAAGGACAGACCGCAGAAACUGGCUAUUCAAGUCGACCCACCCUUUCUACAGGAUGCCACAUCCGGGUGCUGCUAAAAAGGAAUUUCCUUUUCAAAGUGAAUGGUGUUUACGUGGACUAAUGAUUAACUAAUAUGGCCUGUAGAAGAGAAGGAACUCAAGAACAGCUUCUCUCUUCCAUCAUUUCAACUAUGAAUUCUCAUAACUCUCCGGCAUGUGCCAGUCAAGUUCAUAGAAUAUGUAUGGUGUCUGACUUUUUUUACCCAAACAUGGGUGGAGUGGAAAGCCAUAUUUACCAGUUGUCACAGUGCCUAAUUGAAAGAGGACACAAAGUUAUUGUAGUCACUCAUGCUUAUUAUGAUCGCAAAGGUAUUCGAUACCUCACCAAUGGAUUAAAAGUCUACUAUUUACCAUUAAGAGUAAUGUACAACCAAUCUACAGCCACUACUCUUUUUCACAGUCUGCCUCUGCUCAGGUACAUAUUUAUUCGAGAAGGAAUCACAAUUGUCCAUGCACAUAGUUCAUUUUCUUCUUUGGCUCAUGAUGCACUGUUUCAUGCUAAGACAAUGCAGCUACGGACAAUUUUUACAGAUCAUUCACUUUUUGGAUUUGCUGAUGUCAGUUCGGUGCUUACAAAUAAACUCUUGACUGUAUCACUAUGUGAUACAAACCACAUAAUAUGUGUUUCUUACACAAGCAAAGAGAAUACUGUAUUAAGAGCAGCACUUAAUCCAGAAAUAGUUUCUGUCAUCCCUAAUGCUGUUGAUCCUACUGACUUCACUCCAGAUGCAUCUAAACGUGACAACAACACAAUAACUAUUGUUGUGGUUAGCAGACUUGUAUAUAGAAAAGGUAUUGAUUUACUUAGUGGUAUAAUUCCUGAGCUAUGUCAGAAGUAUCCAGAUUUACAUUUCUUAGUUGGAGGAGAAGGACCAAAAAGAAUUGUAUUAGAAGAAGUACGGGAAAGAUAUCAACUACAUGAUAGAGUUCGUCUUCUAGGAGCUUUAGAACACCAGGAAGUUAGAAAUGUCUUGGUUCAAGGUCAUAUUUUCCUUAACACCUCUCUCACAGAAGCAUUUUGUAUGGCAAUUGUGGAAGCUGCCAGUUGUGGUUUACAGGUGGUCAGUACAAGAGUUGGUGGGAUUCCUGAAGUACUUCCAGAUGAUUUUAUAAUUUUGUGUGAACCUUCAGUGAAAUCCCUCUGUGCUGGAUUGGAAAAGGCUAUUAGCCAACUGAAGUCAGGAUCAUUAUUGUCUCCAGAAAUUAUGCAUGACAAAGUUAGAACAUUCUACACUUGGAGAAAUGUUGCAAAAAGAACUGAAAAAGUAUACAACAGAGUGGCAAAGGAAACUGUAUUGCCAAUGGGCAAACGACUUGAGAGACUUAUCACUCAUUGUGGCCCAGUGACUGGUUGCAUUUUUGCUCUUUUUGCUAUGCUCAGCUUUCUUUUUCUGAUAUUUCUGAAAUGGCUGAUACCAGAUGAUUUUAUUGAUACUGCAAUAGAUGCCACGGGCCUAAAUGGAGCAUGGACUAGAAAAUAUUUCCACAAUAAAAAUAAAAAAGAAAACAUUACAAACGCCUAAAGGUGCUAAAAGUGAAAAAAGUUUCAUUCCCUUACUUAUCUUUCACUAUUAUGCAUUUUGCUGUUAAUUUACAUUUAUCAAGCAAAACUGCUUAUAUAUCAUUGGACAGCUUUCAGUAAUGAAUGGAAAGAAACUAAAAUGAAGUUCUACCUCAGCAUAAAUCUGAAUUGGUUUAGGAAAGACAUUUUCCCAAGAUAUGCUGCGAAAUUUGUUUACAUUUAUUUCAGCUUGAAACACCUUAGAAUGUCAUGUCUAUUAAUGAAAGAGAUCACCUGAGGAAAUAAAGGGAACAUAGGUGAGUAGGUAGAGAUUUUGUCUAUUUUAGAGUUUUUUCUGUUUUUAAUUUCUCUUGCACCAUCAUAAUAUGCUUAAAAAUUAUAUGGAAAAGUAACAGCAUAUAUUCUGAUCCAGUAUAAUACAACAAAAAACCUGACCUUUUAAGUAUAUAAAUCCCAAAUCUGCUUGUUGAGAUGUGUGAUCAAUUCAAUAUGUUGAUAUGAUCAACUAAAAUUGAGAAAUGCACUACUUAGGGAGUUGGAUGAAUGUUCUCUUUGUUUAGGCAUCUACAGGUAAUCAUCAAAUUACGACAGUUCACUUAGAGACCUUUUGAAGUUUCAACAUAAACCCCCCAAGUACUUAUGACACAGUCCCGAAGUUACAAAUGUUGCAGCACCUUUAUGAAUGACCACAGAGGCACUGUAACAUUUGCCCUGCCUAUCCCAACCCCCUGACCGGGUCUCCACAGGUACUGGGCCUGUGGGCACUCACCUUGCAAAGAUCUAGUGAGCCUUCAGUUUCUUGGCUUGCUUUGGUGCUUUAGGCCUUUGGUGCAUUUGCAGAGAAUGGAGGCCUCAAGUACCAAAGCCUUCCCUCUGUUUACAAAGCCUUUUGCCUUCUUUGCAAAAAGCAUUUACCGCCAAAAACAAGAGUCCGAGAGGGGCACACCCAUCCCUCCGGGCUUCCAUUUACAGCUGCAAAGGCCUUUCCUCAAGGCCUUUUCCACCGACAAUGGAGCCCAUCCCGGCCUUUGUUUUCGACUGCAAAGGCAUUUUGCAAAGAUGAUUGGAGCCUACAGGGACACAAUCUCUCAUCCCUGCAGGUCUUGGCAAGCCUUUGCUCAAGGCAAAACCACAGUGAAGAGGCUGGAGAGAAGAUAGCUCCCUUGAUCAUCGAGAUAUAUGUAUGGUAUGUGACCCUGUCGGGCAGGAAGCACGAGAUAUCUCAGUGGUCAGGGCAGGCCUUGUGUGGUCAGAAGCACUAGGCCCCCCCAUGGCCUUCCCCACCCCUGAGAUACCUCGCAAAUCCACAGAUGAAAGCAGGGAGUGAUCACAUUCAAGUUCAGUCCUAUGCAUCCUCAGGUUAUGUAUGUAAUUGGCAGGUUCUAUUACAUUUGUAACUCGAUUACCUGUAUCAUUUUAAUAGUUUGAAAACAAGUAUAAUUGACAUAUUCUGAAUUCUUCUCUGCCGAUACGUUUGAAGCUUUUAGAAGAAUGUUCCAAGGUCUUCCAAGACCCAAGAGUAGGUCUUUUGAAUCUACUUUUAUAACUCAGUUGAGAUAUAAUGAAAAACCUUUUUUACAUUAGUAAGGCCCAGCAUUGUGUUCAUUUUUCUUUUCUUCUACUUCCAUUUUUAAAUAAAAUUAAAAUAGAUCAGAUAAAAAUUCUCUUAUAGGUAUCGUAUUACAACUCAUUCCAAUCAGUACUUCCAUGACAAGAUCACCAUAUUUAAAGUAAAAACAGGUGCUUCAGUUUUUUCGUAUAUGUGACCUUUGUCUGAACAAUUCUGUUUUAUACUAUUAUAUUUCUACUAUUCCAAACACCAGAAAAAAUGAAAAUUACCCUAUAAUAAUUAUUUUGAGAAUGAAAAAUCACCCACAUUGUAUUAAAGCACCGAGGAAGUAUGUACAACUUAGAUUUUUUUUUUCAUUAUUGAAAAAAAAAGAGAAGAGUUAAACACAUUUUGUAAAUAAGAGACCAAUCUUUUUAGUUGAAAUCAUUUAUAAAGAUCUAAAAAUAUUUUGAGGAAGAAAAUCUAGGACAAAUACAGUUUUCCAACACAAACUUGCCAAUGCCAGUAUAGUAUGCAGAGUCUAAAUAUGAUAGACAUGCAGUAAAAUUUGUGUCAAUAUUCUUGGACCUCCAACUAAACUACUGCAAGUAAACUUAACUGACACAAUCUUUGGAAGAAUAUUAAUCAUAAUAAGCCUGAACUACUCGAAAAUUUAUUUGGCAUAAUGUUAGUUUUAAAAAGAAGACUAAUUUAGGCAAGUAAUUUGGAUUGUUACUUCAUAAGUUGGCAAACGCAAUGUCAGCUCUUUGCCAUUUACCUAGGAUUUAUAUUUCAAUGUUUUUCAGAAAAUUUCUAAGCACUCUUCUCUAAGUUCAAUGUUACUAUGGUCUCUAUAUCAGUCUUCUGUAUCUUCAGUCUUCAGUUACUUUCAGGUAUCUUUUCUUAAGAGAACAAUAUCUGUAGAGUAGGAAUUUUUACAGCUUCUUAUGCCUAUUCUUCCAUUGGCCUAGCCCCAAUAUUAUAGAAAUAGAUUUAUUCUUGUGCAAUAUGACUUUACUCUGCCGAUUUACUUAACUCUGUGGAAUAAUCUAUAUAAAGGGCUUCAGGAGAAGGACCAAUUAGAUAUGCUAAAGGUGCUUGUUCUUUUGAAAGAAUACUACUUCAAAGUCUAUCCUAUAAAUUGUGCAUUUGAUGAUACUUUGUAACUUUUCUUGAAUGUCUAAAUAUCAUAGCCUUACACUGUUAAGUGAUUCGCUUUUCUCGACUUAUAUCUCUCUUGCAUCAAACUAUUAAUUUUUUUGAUCUGCCACUGCAUAUGAGCAACUCCUAAUCCUGUAGAGGAUAGAACUAACCAAAAUUAUGCUAUAUUUGAAAAUAAAAAAACAUUUAUAUGUUAAAAAUAAUGUUGACUUUAUGUUUUGAUUUGGUACGUGUUUCACAAUAAAUAAUAGUUCCUAAUGUUCUAUAUUUGUUUCCAUUUGUUAUGGCUACAUUAUGUAUUUAUGAUUUUUUUGAACUGAAGCUAUUGUAAUCCAAUGAGUGUGAAGCCAUGGCUCCUUGGCUAUUAAAAAAAACUUUCAUGAAUAUUUGUGAAAAAUAUUCAUAAAUGGAAUAGUCAGUUCCUCAAUCAUGGCUAAUCAAUUAAAAUGUAUCACAGUAAAAUUAAUGCAACUUUUUCUAUUACAUAUAUGAUAUUGCUAUUUUGAAAGUUACAAAAAGGUGAUUUUAAAAUCUUUGCAAGGUGGGACUUCAAUUCUGUAAUAGACUUUAAAACAAUUAUGGAAUGUAGCAGUAUUCUUGCUUACACCAAAGACUGCAUUCUAUGAUGAUGAAAGGUAGUUUUACUAUAUAAAGUCAAAGAUUCAUGUUUCUGUCUUUACAAAUAAAACUCAUUUAAUACUCUG